AUUUGGCUCUGACCUUACGGUCACCCUGAUCAUAUCAGCGGCCAACACUGUUGUGUGUGCGAACAUGGUUGAGUUUUUAAGUCCAAAGAGUAAGACAAUCUUUGAAAGUUCAGCUUUCAUUCACAAGAAUUCAAGACACACUUCUUGUGUUUCGGAUCACUAUUUUAAUCAUGCGGUGGAGGUAUUUCUACCCUGCUGUGACUCACUACCAGAUGCUGUUCAAGUAUCCAGCCCACAGCGUCAGGAAUACUACGCCGUUAAAAGACUCCCUCUUGCAGAGCUCACCAAUGCUGAAUUUGUCAGCAGAUUUGUGAAAGCAGGUAGACUCUACGUUCUUUCCAUCGGUCAACACAUUGAUACACACAAUGUGGCUGCUAUCUUGCCAACAGGUAGACUUAUACUUUCUGUCAACAAAGACACCUACCAGGAAUUGGGCUUGGAAGGGAAACCCUCACAGUUUGAAAAACCAAGGAAGGUGACAAAAUACUCUGUUGAAGUGAACCUUGUUGCAGAAAGCUUUUGCAAGGGCAAGAAGAACUAUGAGAGGGUGCAGUGGUGUUUCAAGGAUAGACUGGAUCUGACCUUUGACUUCUUGUUGGCAUGGCAACCCAACGAUCCAAGCCAGUCUCUUGAUGACCUCGGUUCAUUUUGGAGCAGCAAGUAUGAAUGCCUGAGAGUUGAGCAAAGGCAGCACAGCUUUCAGAUGAGGAACCAGUCUAUUCCAGUGAUUGACAGCUCACUCCUCCUCCAUCGUCAGCACAAAUCAAAUCAAGACGCUUCCCGGAUGAACGGGAGCAGUCAGGGCUGUGAAGAGACUCAAGUGAGGUCAUGUGAUGCGGCAGAGGUCUACGAAUGGUUGGGAGCUGUGGCCUGUCAGUGCGACUGCUCGGGAGCCUCGGACAGCUUUGUCAACACAUAUCGCUGCCCUGAGCCUUCCCAGCAAGUAUCUAGCUCUGUCUGUCAUCGAUGGACUGGCUUGAUAACAUCCGAGAGAAUUCUUCACAUGCUGGAUGCUCUCAGGUCGAAGGUCGAAUGCAGCAGAAUGCCGUGGGCAGCGCUGACUGUUCACGGAUUUACUGACUCCCCUGUCUCGUGGGGAAGCAGAGAGCACGGCUUCAGCAAGUACGGUAACAAUCUCUACACGUUUGUCAUCUUUCCCAAGGAACAAAGGUACUGGUUGAUAAUGGGCAUUGGAGAUCACGAUGUAUGCCCCUGACGAUUAUGUUCAGGAGUGUAAUAAAUUGACAUUAAUUUUUAUACUGGAACAAAGUUUGUAUAAAUUUUCAUUCCUCUGAAAUGUAUGAAAAGUGUCAGAUAUCUCUGUUUGGUUUAAAUUUUGUAAAGUUCAAAUUUCCAAUUUGUAUGUUUUGUUUCAAAGAAAAUACAACUACAUUGUACUUUAGUCCAAUUUUUGGCAUCUGCAACCCCCUGAAAAAGGAAUUUUUUUUUUGUGCACAAAUAACCCGCCCUGUGAGAACCAAUUUAUUGUCUGGCAGCCAAUUGGAAAGAAAUAAUUCAAUAACUAAAUGGUGGUAAUAAUAAAAAAUAAUAAAAACCAUUCUUAUAUAGCGCAUAUCACCAUGAGGUCCCUAUGCGCUCUCAUGAAAUCAACAAUUAUACAAAUUGAACAGAUAUGUUUUGACCCGGGUUUUGAAUUGUUCUGAUGUUUCGGCCUGUUUGACAAUAUCUGGUAAGUUGUUCCAUAGCUGAACUGCAGCUGAUUGGAAGGAGCGGGAAGAGUUUUUUGUUUUGAUGUCUCACUCAAAGUAUAUAACUUUCAUAUUGCUAGGAAAAACACAAUUGAAAAAAAAAAUUAAUUUUUGAGGUGAAACUUGCAAAUAGCAUGGAAAAUGUAUCUUUAAUUACCCACUCUUCAGUUAAGGAGUUUUCUGUUCAAAUUGUGAAACCCCUGAUUGUUCAUGUUCGUUGAAUACCCCUUUAAAUUUCCUCUGUGUGUAGAGCCCCACAGCUUUGAAUGCUAACUUUCAUGAAAAGAAGAUGUGUUUCUGAAUUUGAAAUCUAGACUGUUUUGUUUUUCACUUGAUGUUCACUAUGGAAGCUACUGGCCAUGUUAACCCUAACUCCCUAGGCCUUUUUGCUGGGAUGUAGCCUCAAUCCUGCAAAAUCCUCC